AUGCACAUUCCCAACAGCACUAUCUUCAUGCCCUCUAUCUUCACACUCAGAGGAAUCCCAGGCCUGGAGUCUGUGCAGUGCUGGAUUGGCAUUCCGUUCUUUGCCAUGUACCUCAUUGCCAUCAUUGGGAAUUCCUUGCUUCUGAUCCUCAUCAAAACAGAGCGCAGCCUCCACGAGCCCAUGUACAUUUUCCUGGGCAUGCUAGCAGUCACAGACAUUGCCCUUGCUACCAGCAUUGUGCCCAAGAUGCUUGGGGUCUUCUGGUUCCAUGCACCUGAGAUUUACAUUGAUUCAUGUCUUUUCCAAAUGUGGCUCAUCCACACAUUUCAAUGCACAGAGUCAGGCAUCCUGCUGGCCAUGGCCCUGGACCGUUAUGUUGCCAUCUGCUAUCCACUCAGACACGCUACCAUCUUCACCCACCAGGUGAUCACCCAAAUCGGGACUAUUGUCACACUUCGGGCUGCCAUACUGGUAGCUCCAUGCUUCAUUUUGAUAAAGUUCAGGUUUCAGUUUUAUCAUACAACGGUUAUUUCUCAUUCCUACUGUGAGCAUAUGGCCAUUGUGAAGCUGGCUGCAGAAGAUAUCCGAAUCAACAAAAUCUAUGGUCUGUUUGUGGCCUUCACUGUUGCAGGCAUGGACCUCACUUUCAUCACUUUGUCUUAUGUACAGAUAUUCAUCACUGUUUUUCGUUUGCCCCAGAAGGAAGCUAGGUUGAAAGCAUUCAAUACGUGCACUGCUCAUAUAUGUGUCUUUCUCCAAUUCUACCUCCUCUCCUUCUUCUCCUUCUUCACACAUAGGUUUGGGUCUCAUAUCCCACCUUACAUUCAUAUCCUCUUUUCCAGCUUUUACUUGCUGGUCCCUCCAUUUCUCAACCCCCUUGUGUAUGGUGCAAAGACCAAGAAAAUUCGUAUUCACCUGGUGAAACUUUUCCACCUGAGGGACUCUUCAGGAGUGGUGACAGAAAUCAGUGUGUCUCUCUCCUUUUCUAUCUUCCCUCCUCAAUUUCUUUGUCCAAUCACAACAGAAAAAAUAAAAGGUGGGGGAAGCUCAUUAAGAGAAGUUGAUUUUAGUCCUGACACCAAACCUUAGAGAUAAAUAAAACUUAUGGAAAAAACAAAAAAAGAAAAAAAAAAAAAGAAAGAAUACAAAGGAAAAAGGAAACAGAUGCACACUUCUCCACUAUUUACUAUUUCUAGUUUCCACUCCCCACCUGUGUGGCAAGCUUCUGGAGCUGUUAACCAGCUAUCUUUCUCCUUUCUGUCCCACCUGUCAUUUAAAUUUCUCUGUCUCUAACCAAAAUAAAUGGAAGUCUUAAUUUUUUUUAAUUUUAUAAUUUCAGAGAGAG